GGCGGCAGCUCCAAGAUGGCGCAGACGAUUUUCGAGGCCCUGGAGGGAAUGGACAAUCAGACCGUCUUGGCGGUCCAGUCAUUGUUGGAUGGCCAAGGAGCAGUCCCUGAUCCAACAGGCCAGAGUGUCAGUGCACCUCCUGCUAUCCAGCCAUUGGAUGAUGAGGAUGUUUUUCUCUGCGGGAAGUGUAAGAAGCAGUUCAACUCGCUGCCGGCAUUUAUGACCCACAAGCGGGAACAGUGCCAGGGGAACGCCCCUCCCCUGGCCACGGCCUCAUUGGCCACUAACAGCAUCUACACGCCUUCGGCGGCCCCCACAGCGGUCCAGCAGGCCCCACCUCCUACCAAUCGCCAGAUCUCCACGUACAUUACAGUGCCCCCAUCCCCGCUGAUCCAGACCCUGGUGCAGGGGAACAUCUUGGUGAGUGAUGAUGUGCUCAUGUCUGCCAUGUCGGCCUUCACGUCCCUGGACCAGCCCAUGCCCCAGGGCCCCCCGCCUGUGCAGAGCAGCCUGAACAUGCAUUCUGCACCCAGCUACCUCACCCAGCCUCCACCACCUCCUCCCCCACCUCCACCACUGCCCCCACCCCCACCACCCCAGCCCCCACCACCCCCACCCCAGAGCCUGGGCCCCCCUGGGCGUCCCAACCCUGGCGGAAAUGGUGUGGUGGAGGUGUACAGUGCCACGGCGCCCCUGGCUGGGAGCGGCACGGUGGAGAUCCAGGCAUUGGGAAUGCAGCCCUACCCACCCCUGGAGGUGCCAAACCAGUGUGUGGAGCCUCCAGUAUACCCCACCCCUCCGGUGUACAGCCCCGGCAAACAGGGAUUCAAACCGAAAGGACCAAACCCAGCUGCCCCCAUGACCAGUGCCACGGGGGGCACGGUGGCCACCUUUGACUCCCCACCAACACUGAAGACCCGCCGGGCAAAAGGGGCCAGUGGACUCCCAGAAGCUGCAGGGAAGCCAAAGGCUCAGAAACUCAAGUGCUCAUACUGUGACAAGUCAUUCACUAAAAACUUCGACCUGCAGCAGCACAUCCGAAGCCACACCGGUGAGAAGCCCUUCCAGUGCAUUGCAUGUGGCCGUGCCUUUGCCCAGAAAUCUAAUGUCAAGAAACACAUGCAGACUCAUAAGGUGUGGCCUCCAGGGCGUAGCGGUGGCACUGUCUCUCGCAACUCUGUGACUGUACAGGUCAUGGCCCUCAACCCCAGCAGGCAGGAGGACGAGGAAAACACAGGGUUGGGUCAGUCCCUGUCAAGUGCCCCACAAGCCCAGGCCUUGCCUGCCGCAGGGGAGGAUGAAGGGGACAAGCUGGAGGCCAAGCAGGUCGUCCUCAUAGACAGCUCCUACCUGUGCCAGUUCUGCCCCAGCAAGUUCAGCACCUACUUCCAGCUCAAGUCCCACAUGACCCAGCAUAAGAAUGAGCAGAUGCUCCGGGAGUGGUGCCCAGCAAUCUGUCACUGCAGUGGACGCUCAAGUCGGAGGGCCACUACUCAAGUACAACACCGGAAGGACAUGAUGUCAUCUUUUCCUUGUAUUUCCCGGCUUGGGGUUUACAAGUGUGUGGUGAAAAGCUGUGCGCAGACAUUCCCAAAGCUCGACACAUUUCUGGAGCACAUCAAGAGCCACCAGGAGGAGCUGAGCUAUCGCUGCCAUCUCUGUGGCAAGGACUUCCCCUCGCUCUAUGACCUGGGCGUGCACCAGUACUCCCACAGCCUCCUGCCGCAGCCCAGCCCCAAGAAGGACAGCGCUGUCUACAAGUGUGUCAAAUGUGUCAACAAAUACUCUACCCCCGAGGCCCUGGAGCACCACCUGCAGACCGCCACUCACAACUUCCCCUGCCCUCACUGCCAGAAGGUGUUUCCUUGCGAGCGCUACCUGCGGCGUCAUCUGCCCACGCACGGCAGUGGUGGCAGGUUCAAGUGCCAAGUGUGCAAGAAGUUCUUCCGGCGAGAGCACUACCUCAAACUGCAUGCUCACAUCCACUCGGGUGAGAAGCCCUACAAAUGCUCAGUGUGCGAGUCUGCAUUCAACCGUAAAGACAAACUGAAGAGACAUAUGUUGAUCCAUGAGCCAUUCAAGAAAUAUAAAUGCCCCUUCUCGACACACACGGGCUGCAGUAAAGAGUUCAACCGGCCAGACAAGCUGAAGGCUCAUAUCCUCUCCCACUCCGGCAUGAAGCUCCACAAGUGCGCCCUGUGCAGCAAGUCCUUCAGCCGCCGUGCCCACCUCGCGGAGCACCAGCGUGCCCACACGGGCAACUACAAGUUCCGCUGCGCCGGCUGUGCCAAGGGCUUUUCCCGACACAAAUACCUCAAGGAUCACCGCUGCCGCCUUGGCCCCCAAAAGGAUAAGGACCUGCAAGCCCGGCGGCCCUCCCGGAGGAGGGCAGCACCCCGCAGCGGCAGUGGUGGCGGGCGCAAGGUGGUGACCCCCCUGCCGGACCCGCUGGGGCUGGAGGAGCUGAAGGACACUGGGGCUGGGCCGGUGCCCGAGGCCGCCCCAGGCAAGCCGCCCUUCUCGGAGCCAGAUGCAGUGCUGUCCAUCGUGGUGGGUGGCACGGUGGGGGGCGAACCGGAGCUGGUAGUGCCCGGGCAUGCAGAGAGCCUGGGCUCCAACCUGGCACUGGCAGAGCUGCAGGCAGGGGCCGAGGGCCCAUGUGCCAUGCUUGCUGUGCCCGUCUACAUCCAGGCCUCCGAGUGAUGGACCCAGGGUGUUUGCUUCCAGAGCCUGGCCUGAUGCUCACCUGUGGGUCCAGGCCUCAGGGGCCAACAAGAGGUCCUUCCCAAUGGAAGUGAGCCAUUGGCCAAAAUCCUUCUGGAGUGUCCUAUGAACCCUGGCUGUGGCCAGCCUGCUGUGGCUCCUAUUCUGCUGGCUAGCCCUGCAGCAUUCUGGAAUGUGAGGCAGGGCUGCCUACAGCUUCCAGGUAGGGGCACUGGAGAUAAGAGAGCUGGCCACGCCAGCAGCCCAGGGUCUGGCUGGUCCAGGCUGGUGUCAGCCCACCUCAGAGAGAAGACAGGGUAGUCCUGCCCACCCCUCCUCCGGGCUGUCUUGGUGUGACCUCUGGUCAAGCUGCUUUUCUGGGGGCCUGAAAUGGGUAGAGCCCUUAUCUGCUGGACCUUUUCAUAUACAGUUCCACAUGGUUUCCACAGAUGACUCUGUGAUGUAGGCAUUUAGGCGGCACUCGUGUCACAGCUGGAGUGCAGCUAUCACUCAGAUUUGGCUUCAAAUCUAAGCACUGCUACGCACUUGCUGUGUGACCUUGGGUAUGUCACUUUACUUCUCUGAGCUCUCAUCUGUACGUUUCUCAUCUGUACAAUGGGACAUAUGACAUUUCGACCUCAUAGGGCUGUCAUGGGGAUCCAAUAUGGCGAAAUGUGCAAAGGACUUGGCAUAGUGCUCGGCACUUGGAAAGUACUCAAUAAAUGUUUUUAUCUAAAUGUGUGUCCAAUGGCUCAGGCCGGAGCCUUGGCAGUUUCUUUCUUUGCCCCUAGGUGACAGCACUCCCUCCAAAGUGUUGGGGGACUGAGAGGUCCCAUGGCCCCUUGCACACAGCUGUGCUGCUCCAUCAGCUAUGAGAGUUUUGGUGCUCCCAUAUUUCAGAACAUGGCCAUGGAAAGGGUCUAUACUCACUUUUGAAAGUGCAGGAUCCUGGGCCUUGCCCCAAAUCCUUUGGCAUCAGAGGUCCAUCUCAAGCAGGUCUCUAGAAUCCGUAGUUGCCCCCACUGCCAGCACUCUGUCCCCACUCCCCAACUAGCCCAGAGGAGAAGCAAACCAGGCUUAUUAGGAGGCAGGGAAGAGAAAAGGGGCCUUGGCCAGUGUUUCCUCAUUUCUAUUCACAGCCACACUGCCUCAGUGAUAGGAGAGGAAACUGAGGCUCGAGAAGGGACAGGGCAGGAUGCAGCAGAGCUGUUGGACUCAGUUUGAUAUGUUCCCUUGAAGGCUGGCAUGUCCCUCAGAUAUCUGUGGUUGGGCUCUGGGCUGGAGCUCAAAGCAAGCCCAACUUCCCCUCAGGAAGGGUAUGAUGCAGGAGGAAGGACCAAUGAGGAAGUGGUACAUGGCUGAGGCGGUGAGAGCUGUUAGGUGCACCUAGCCUUCAAGGCCAGAGGCCACUUCAAGGAAGUGGUGAGGACAGAAAGUCUCUUCAGGGGAGGUCGCAUUUGAGCUGGUCCUUGACACAGAAUGUUUUGAUGGAUGUAUAAAUAGGGAAAGGCAUGUCAGGGAUUGCAAACCAUGAGCAAAGCCUUCAAGGUAUGACAGUUCUGGGGCUGGUGAAUGAUCCAGCAUGACCAGAGAUCUGAGGGUAGUGGUUAGA